AUGAAGCUUUUGGCGUUAUAUUGCCUCCAACUGCUAACAGCGACAGUAUCCGCCCAACACGUCGCUCUGCCUUACGGUAUACAAAUGAAAUCUAACGCCCAGAAGCCCCUCAUGGACAUUGGUCCCGUCAUGCCACCAUCACAACAACCUGGAGGUUCCGAGCAGCCACCUCCCCAAGGAGGAGUUCUUAUAUCUGACGUGAUGGGUCGAGACCGUAGCAUCAAUAUAUUUGCUGGAUUCACCCGCGACAUCGCCUCGAUAUCCUCCCGCCUUGACGACUCCUCGAAAAAUAGCACCGUCCUUGCCCCGCGGAAUUCGGCCGUCGAGAAGCUACCGCGCAAACCCUGGGAAGACCCCAAGGACUACGAUGCGCUAGGUGCUAACGCAUAUGAGGGCGAGGACGGACAAGAUAGGGCUCAUAGGAAUAUGAUGAGGUUCGUGGAGGCACAUGUAGUCUCUGUCAGCCCUUGGCAGGAGGGGGAGAAGGUCAAGACGCUACUUGACGGGGAUAGAGAAAUAUGGUGGGAGAUGAAAGAUGGUGUUAGAGUGAUCCAACCUGACGGGAUCCAAGUAGAUAGUAUCGCGAGCCGAGUUGGGAAUGGUGAGCUAUGGAUCCUAAACGGAGUACGUAACUACGUUUAA